AUGGUUACGCUACCGAACCUGCUGUCUGGUGUACCAAAACCGGAAUGGCGGAAGCUCUUGCAACAAUGCGUUAUCCAAAGAAUAAAUUCAGAUGAGUUUCAAGAGCUAGCUAGAGUGAUGUUACGCCGCUAUCCCAUUGCAAACAAGGAUCUGGUCGAUAUUAUCCUAGAGUCAAGAGCGGUCACGGAUUUUGAUUGGGAUCCACUGAUACCUGACUAUGUGGACGCCGUGCAUAAGCUCGCUCAUAUUGAUAUUUCCAAUAUCUUGCUAUCUCUUUUGACGCACUCAAGCAUUAAAUCCGACAUUCAGCGCUGGAAGGGUCAAAGGAAAAAACGGAAUGACGAAGCAGAUCAAAAAAAUGACGAGAAAGAGGCCCUAGGAUCAGUGAUUGCUAAGGGACCUGCUACGUUAUUGACUGAUUACGGCAUUAUACAGAAUGUGAUUACGGCUGUAACCACGGGAUAUGCUCCAAAGACCGCCCUUGGGUUUAUGAAUACUUGUUCUGCGAUUGCUGAGUGGAUCUUGACCCUAGUAUCGUGGAAUACUCACGCUGGUUCGGAGAGAGGUGAGGGUGGUGGAGGACAGUUGCUGAGCUCCCCUGAUGUUGUUUCCAUAUUCGUAGCAGUUGGAUUCUUGUUUGGAGCUUUAGCGGGAACAGAGACAGGUGCGAACGCACUGUCAUUUCAAAACGCAGACACCUUUAAACACCAGCGAAUGAAAUUGGCCCAGGCCCUGACAGCAUAUGCCCCGCUCUGCGCCGAAAUCUCUAUUCCUUUACGAAAUAGGCUUGAUCAAUUACAGAAGGAGUUCAACCUUUUCGCGAAGGGUGAAAAGUCUAACCAAGACCAUGUUAUGGAAGAGAUCAAUGUUUCUACCCUGGAGUUUGAAUCGAGGGUAGUGGAUAUCCCUCCUCUUGUAGGGCGGCCUUUAAUAGACGACAACGUUCUUAUCAACUACUUAAAUAACCGUUAUGGGGGAAACCACAUGGCACUGGUUGAAGAAUUAAUCACGGCAUCGUUUGACGUCUUGUCGAAUGGUAUGUACCGUAAUGAGCCACAACAAACGAUGUUCCUCUUCCGGGCAUUUCUCGUCAAUAAACUUCCCCCGUUCCUCUCGGACCUAGCAGGAUCGGUGGUUGAACCGAUACCAGUUGAGUUAUGUAUCACUCGUGCUUUAGCACGGGUAGACCCAAACACAUUCCCGUCGUUUUCGGAAAUAUUUUCCACCCACGGCAAUUCAGUCUUAUCUGAUGUGAGACAGGAGUUUCUAUUCUCGUGUGCCUUACAUAAAUUAAUACCCGAAUCAAGCAUUGAGCGCCUCCUGGGAGAGAAUCCAAUGCAGACUCUACCAAAUGGAGGAAGAUUUGUGAAACAUGAUUUAGUUUCUCAGAUCAAUAAUAACCCCGAGCGGGCAGAGCAAUUGAUAAAUGGUAUCGAGUCAAUGGACGGUAACGCGCGGGCAAUCGUUGAGGCCAUAUCUGAGGUAAUGCAUAAUAUGUGCCUGAGAAAGGAUACUAUGACCUUGAAAAGUAUAUGCAAUUCUUUAUCACGCAAACCACAGGCGCUGGACAUUAUGCUCUUGUUCAAGAGUCCGCUGGCCAUACUGCAACCUCUCUGUGCUCUAUUAGAUUCCUGGAAAUGGGAGGAAGAUCAAGGCGAGAGUCAACCCGUGUAUGAUGAAUUUGGAAGUGUACUUCUCCUGGUCCUAGCUUUCAAGUAUAAAUAUGAUCUGAGCUAUCAGGACCUUGGGGUUUACAACCCUGAUUCUUUCAUGUGUCGACUACUCGAAAAGGGGGCUUCAAGUCAAAAACUAGAGGACUUGACAGAGAAACAAACACAGAACCUUGGCGCGUGGAUUACAGCCUUAUUCAUAGCUGAAGGUAUUAGUGAUGAAUCAAUGUCCUCUUGUAGCCCCCAAAAGUUCUAUCUUCUAGUUGCGACUCUUUUUAGCCAAAGCUUAAGCGCGUGCGAAGCUGGGAAGCUAGAAUUUGAUACUCUGAAGGGCGGAUUUGAGUAUCUAUUAGAACCAUUCCUACUACCUUCGUUGGUCAUGGCUUUAUCUUGGAUAGGGAAGCAUAUGUGGAAAUCUGGCACUGAUUUAACGACAACACUCAAACUCCUGUCCACACUCGUAAAGCCAUCUUCUAUAUCCGGGGAGGCCCAAGAAAUUCAUCAUACUGUGCUAUCUAUUACUGCACGAGCACUUGGAGAUGAGCUUAAAACUGCGAAGGCCCGCCAUCCGUCAAGGACGGACAUUGAACCUAUUCUUCAAGCCCUUGAGCCAUACCAAUCCUUUCAACGAGCGGGUACAUCUAAUCGUGCUGAGCUAGAAGGGUGGAGGUCCAAUUCUGCACCUGGUGGCAUGGUCACUGGGAUCCGAAAUACCUUCUCUUCACUGGUACUUUGGAGCACAGAUCCAGAGAUCAGUAUGACACCUCCAAGUUAUACACACAGGCAACUCUUAGCUGGACUGAAACAUCUGGGUUCCGUCCGAGUGCUUGCAGGUAUACUUGAGGAGCUUAAACUACAAAGUGAAACAGGGAGCGGUGAUUUGGCUAUUGAUAUUGCAGCAACCCUAAUAUGUGCCCCGAUGCGUGAAUAUUUCUCUUUGGAACAAGCUACAUAUCAGUCUGUUGGUGGUGGGCUGAAGGAUUCUCUACCUCGUUGUCAAGUGCUUAAUCUUAGGGACGCGCUUAAUCUCCAAAGAGAGUCUCUCGCCAAGGUGAUAGAAUCUGAACCGCAUCGAGCCGAGCUCAUCGUUCGACUAGCCAGACGUGUCGAUACUCUUACUUCUAUUCCUCAAAUGCCCCAAACGGUUGAUAAUAUUGAUGUCGGCAAUAUCAUGGCUGAUAUGGACCUUACAGGAGUCGAGGAUGAUGGACAGAUGCAACUAGACGUCACAGAGCAACCAAAGCAGCAACUUCAGCAACAACAAAAUCAAAUUACUACAGGGACUGGUGCAAGCCCUGCUAGUCUAGAUGCUAUUUUGGAUGCCGCUGCAGCAGAGGCAGUAACAGGCCCACCCGCUGGAAAUGAGGCUACGAUGGGCCAGCCAGAUAUGGAUACUAGUAUUUUUGAUGACAUGUUAAAUCCUGCUGAUAUGGGGGUUGGAAACCCGGAGUUUAUUGAUUUGGAUAUGGAAGGAAUGUUCUGA